CUAGUACAUAAAGCAAGUAGGGUAAUUAGAUACUCCGAAAGUACUUUAUAGAUUAUAUUAGAAGACAGCACUGCUGGAUCUGGCGCUCGGAGACUGUUCACCUUUUCUAUAAAAACCAAACAAAUAGUAGGAAGCAAACAUGAAUUGCCAGUUGUGUUCUGAAAGCAAUGUACCUUCUGAUCAUCACACUACUGAGAGACAUAUGAAAAAUAAGACUUUGUUUGAUUACUCUGUAUACAAAAAACAGAAUGUUGGAAAUAAGAAGGGUAUCAUUGUAUCAUGUGAUGUUAGAUCUUCGAGCUCCACACAUUCUCAGUGUUAUGAGUCAAAAAUAAAUGUUUCUGUUAAGCCAAAUGAACAAGUAGAGUUCACUUUCACAAUCUUAAAUGACACCAAGAAGGACAAAUUUUCAAUCAAUUGUGCUCAAAUAAUGCAUUCCAAAUUAAACUUUACUAUCAAUGAUCACGGAAUUGAUGCAGGCUCUCCACCACACAUCAUCAAGCCCAAAUCGAAGCUCAACAAGAAAAUUACAGUGAUGUUCAGAUCAGCGAGCGUUGGAGAAUAUGUGAUGCCAAUAGUAUUCUGUUUCAUUAUGAACAGUACAAAUGAAAACAUUGUUAUCGUUAGAGACAUGGUCGUUUACGUUGAAAAACAGAAAAAGCUUCACGACAAAAUGUACAGUCCUUUUGUACUUCAAAGUAUUGUGGCAGAAAAGACAUACAGAUGCGUCCGUGAGGGGACAAGAGAAGAGGGUAUAUUCACAGUGCCAAAGAAUUACAAGCCUAUUUACAGUUCCGCGUUAAAGUGCCCCUCUAAUCUCACUCAAGAAAAAGCAAAGCUGGUGGCAGAUUUAAGGAAAAUUUUCAGUACAGGCAUCACCAAAAUGAACUAUGUUCAGUUUUUUCAUCAUCUGCUCUGGUACGAAGAAACUGUCCUCAAGAAUAAUCUAAAGAAUUACAACAUGACAGGCGUGAAUCUAAAGCUCGGUAGCAUUCCAUCGUCGUACACGUUGGUCGUGCCCGGCUUAGCGGAGAAAAGACCGUCAUUGUUGGUUGGUGAUUAUUUGUUCGUUAAACCGCAAAAUGAGAAGAUAAUGUUCGAAGCGAACGUCACUCUAAUAACCGAGAAUGACGUCACUAUACAAGGCAUGCAUUCAACCUUUUUUAAGAACUACUCUAAAACUAAGAAGUACGACAUACGGUUCACGAUGUCCCGCGUGACCUUGGAACGGAUGCACCAGGCGGUACACUUCGCCGAACAACAGAUGCCCAGAUUGUUCCCUACGCACUAUACAAAUAAGAAGAAAGUAGAACCAAUAACGGAAUUUUUCAACGUGAACAUUCGAGACAACUUGGAGCAGCGCUCAGCCGUGGAGCACAUCGUGUCGGGCAGCAGCGGGCGCGCGCCCUACCUCGUGCACGGGCCGCCCGGCACCGGCAAGACCGUCACCAUCGUCGAAGCCAUCCUGCAGCUUGUGGUGCGGAACUCUAAAAAUCGAAUACUUGUCUGCACCGACUCCAACAUGGCGGCGGAUAACGUGGCCACGAUGCUCAUAAAGUACGCCAAAAAGUUUCCUUCCGAAAAGUUUCUUUUAAGAGCGAGCUCCUUUUAUCGAACAUGGGCAACACUACCAGAAUGCUUACAUGCCUUUUCGAACGGUACAAGUACCAAAGACUUUUGGUCUGUGAGUUUCACAGCUUUCCAGAAAUACGCGAUCGUCAUUACAACGUUAUCGCAUGCCGCCAAAUUCAGCGGAAGUUUUAGUAAGAAUCGCACGUGUCACAUAACGCAUCUGUUCAUCGACGAAGCGGCCCAGGCUUCCGAGCCUGCCAGUCUCAUCCCGAUCUGCGGGCUGUUGUCUACCGCUGGUUCCCUGGUACUGGCCGGAGAUCCCCUGCAACUGGGACCUGUCAUCAUUUCACAAAAGGCCAAAGAAAUUGGCCUCGGUCUAUCGCUCAUGGAACGUUUGAUGAAAACGUUUCCUCAGUACAACGACGUGAAGAACGAUUGCAACUAUAUAAUGCUGCUACGUAAUAACUUCAGAUCUGAUCCGGACAUACUGCACAUCCCUAACGAGUUGUUCUACAAGGGACAGCUCAGAGCUCACGCUAGUGAAGAUCCGAUAAGCAAGACCGAUUUAUCCGGCGAGAAACCAUCCAGCCGCGCCAUUAUGUUCCACGGGGUCCUGUCUAAGGAGCAGAAAGUCGGCAUGUCACCGAGCUUCUACAAUAACUCUGAGUUAGAAAUCGUCCAGAUGUACAUAACGUUUCUCGUGAACGAUCAUAGAAUCCAACUGGAAGAUAUCGGCGUCAUCACUCCGUACAUCCGACAAGCGUAUCACAUCAAGAAAUGGCUCUCGAGCAAUAAUUACGAAAAAAUUGAAGUCGGCACGGUCGAGUCGUUCCAAGGGAAAGAGAAGCGCGUCAUCGUCGUGUCCACGGUUCGAGCCAACAACGACCUCCUCGCGCACGACGCCAAGUUCCAGCUCGGCUUCCUGGUUGAUGAUAAGCGUUUCAAUGUGGCGCUGACACGUGCGAAAGCCAAACUUAUCAUUAUUGGCAACCCCUUGUGUCUCCGGAAGGACAAGAAGUGGCAACUCUACAUGCAGAUGUGCCGCGAACUCGGCACCUAUUUUGGUUUCGACAGUGACAACAUUGAAACCGACGAACUGGACAGAAAGGUCGAUGAGAUCCUGCCGCUUUUCAGACACAUUGAGGUGUCAAAACAAGAAUAGACGGAUGUUUAACAAAACUUCCUUUUUUUUUAAAAGGCACAACAUUUUUAUUUUUUUUAUUUUGACGAUAACGUUAAUCAUUUUUUUUAAU